UUGCUCUUCUUUCUGCUUAUACUCGAUUAUUGUUUGAUCGUGGAAAAUAUUUCAACCUCAUUAGACGUUUUUCUUACUUAGCUGGAAUUUCUGAAUUUGAUUUUGAUACAACUACUUCAUGUUCAUCCGCUCUAUAUGUUUGUUCUAUUUUGAUGGCCAACUACAAUGGAAAUUAUGUUCAUGACUUAUUUCACAAACCUGGGUACCGGUUCGAUUGGUUGUUUGGUGAAUAAAUUGUGGAUAUAUUAGCUAGAUGUGGUGUUACUAAUAUUGCAGGCCUCUUGUUUGCUAAAAUGCCUGAGAAUGAAGCUUGGAAUUUACAGGGUGUUGGAAUUGAUUUCCUAAUGCAUCUCAAAAGGGGUGAAGUAUUUGAUCGUGGAAAGAAUUUCCAGAUUAUUAAGAGGUUUUUUUAUAUUGGUGAUUUUGAUUCUUUUACUGGUAUGAACUUACAUUCUGAAGAAGUUGAAACACAAGUGAUAAUUGACUUCCUCAAGUUAAAUCAAGCCACAUUUGGCAACGAAACUGAUUCUAACGGCGAUUAUUGCUUCAACAAGUUUGAAGAGCUUUGCAACAAUUUUGCGUACUUGAGGAAAUUUUUCAUUCUCUACAGCAAAUUACUACGUAUGAAUGGUUUUUGUCUUUAUUUUGAUGAUACUCGCUCGUUGUUUAAUCGAGAUUUCUGUGUGGAUCCUGGCUGCAGUUUUUGCAAGGCUAAAGGGCACUUGCUCUAAAUUUUAUGUGACCAGAGAGUGGAUGUGUGGAGGGACUAGAUAUUCUAUUGUUGUAGUUUUCCCUGAAUAUAGUAAAAACAUGGCUAAUACUGAGGUCCCAAGGAUGUUGAUGUUGGUAGUCUCCUUGAGGUGCGAAGUUGCAAUAAACUAUUACUCUCAGCUCGAUGGUGUUCCUAUGCAUAUUGCAGGUCAAGACGACAGUUUACAUGGGUCUUCUCCAAGAACAUUUCUCACUGAAAUUUACGCUCCCACUUUUCUCACAACAAUCACAUGUGUGUUGAGGACCUGUGCUGAAGUUCUUGUGCAUCUCAUGGACAUACUCUCGCAUACUUCUGAAGUUCCUUGCAAGGAAGAUGACGAAUGGCAGAAUACUCAUGCCAUAGCUGGAAACAGACUCAUUUUUCCUGCUUAGUCACCCUACAACAACACCAAACUAUAGAGGCUGGACAAGGGAUUGCAAGACAUGGAGUUCAAGUGCUGGAGAGCCUCACAUGGGUGAUUAUGGGAAUUCUGGCUACUUAUCUUUGCUGCUAGUUGGAGGGAACUACUACUGUUGUGGCUUAACCAAUAUGUUAGGGAAUUUUCAAAUCGACGGAUAACCACAUAUCGCAUCGAGAUGUACCUGCUAUGGUUGGAAGAUGGUGCCAAACUCGAUUCUCAUCCUUGAGGACAAGGAUGUUUCCAAGGAGUGAGGAAUGUCAUGUACCUGCUAUGGUUGGAAGAGGGUGCCCAUAUCAAUAUCCUUGUUGGUGGUUAGUAAAUAUAAUUAGUAUUAAUAAUUAGUUAAUUAGUGUUUAAUUGAGUUGUAAUUAGUGGUUUAGAUGAAACUACCUGUUGCCUUUUGGGUCGUUGGAUGUAAGGAUGGGAAAACCUAGCUUUAUAAGCUACUAUGAGUCUGUA